UUGCAGAGAACACCAUGAAUGAGCUGCUGGGCUGGUAUGGUUACGACAAGGUGGAGCUGAGAGACUCUGACAACCUGGACAUAGGGGAGACUCCACAGCACAUCUCUGUCCUUAAAGAAAACUUGUUGCCAAAAAUCACAGCCUCAACAGAGAGCAGUGAAGGCUCUCCAGACCGAGCCAACAAUUCCCUAUCUUUGCCAGCCUCCAGAAACGGAGUCACAGAGCCCUCCACAACACCGUCCACCUCAACGCCCGGCAACAGGGAACAUGGCAGCCUGCCCAUCAUUGUCCCCAUGAUACCCCCGCCUCUGAUCAAGCCUCCUGCAGAUGAAGACGCAUCUAAUGUGCAGAUCAUGUGUGCCUGGUGCCAGAAGGUCGGCGUCAAACGCUACUCACUGAGCAUGGGGAGUGAGCUGAAGAGCUUCUGCAGUGAGAAGUGCUUCGCCGCCUGCCGCAGAGCCUAUUUUAAGAGAAACAAGGUGUGUGACUGGUGCAAACAUAUUCGCCACACUAAGGAGUACCUGGACUUCGGCGCUGGCGAGAGGAGGCUGCAGUUCUGCAGUGCCAAAUGCCUGAACCAAUACAAGAUGGACAUUUUCUACAAGGAGACACAGGCUGCACUACCUGGAGGGCUGUGUAACCCAGCACAUGGGGCAGGUGGGGAGGGGAAGCUGGAGUGCAGUGGAGGGGUACAGCUGCUCACUCCUGAAUCCUGGGGAACUUCAUUGACGGACCUCCGACGUACAGCUCCCUCACCAGGGGGCCCAUCCAUGAACUCCACUUUGGCUCCUUCUACUUCUUCUGCCACAUCGCCCUUAGACACGACUGCUGUCUGCUCCCCAUCCUCUUCCUCCUCAGCCAAGAUCCCUACGCCUAGACCUCACGAGAGCCCCACCCUUCCCCCACCACAUGUUCCCUCUUUGCACCCACCCGUUGGGGUUCCCCCUGGUAGCCCUCCCAUGGUGAUGACACCCCGGGGACCAAUGCCCCUGCCUCUGUUCAUGGAGCAUCAAAUGAUGCAGCAAAUGCGUCCACCUUAUCUUCGCCAGUCCGGCCACCCUGGCCAUCCUGGAGGGCCCAAUAGCCCCCUGUCAAACCCUAUGAUCCCUGGUAUUGGUCCUCCACCUCAACAAAGAAACAUUGGUCCAGCAUCAAGCCCUAUGCAUAGGCCCCUGCUGUCUCCACAUGUCCACCCCUCAAAUAAUCCAAACCCUGGUAUGAUGCCUCCCCAUCCCGGUUUCCCCAUGCCAGGCCUUCACCCUUUCCCCCCAGUUAACAUGAUGCCCAAUGGACGCAUUCCAGUGCCCCCAAUGAUGAACUUAGGCAUGCCAUCCCUGGCCCCUUUGGUACCCCCACCAACACUCUUGGUACCAUAUCCCGUCAUUGUACCCCUCCCGGUCCCAAUACCUAUUCCAAUCCCAAUCCCCUAUAACUCUAAGAGUUUCAGGGACCAGCCAAUGAACAGUGGCCCCGUCCAUGUUGCUCCAGAGUCCGCUGAAGCUUCAGCUCCUGGGCCCCACUCUCCGGGUUCGUCUGGCGAAAGAGGGGAGCAGAAAUUAGAUUCAGCUGGAGCAGGGCAUCUCUCUCCUGUGCGCUUAGAGAGAAGCAGGUCAGGGUUGGUGGACUUAACUGUGAAGGCAGAGGACAAUUCAGGCAACCUGUGUCUAAACAGUGGCACCGGCAUGUUGGAUGGGGUGAUUGAUCUCACUGUUGGUCAGAGGUCUUGCCAACACCAGGUAAUUCAGAGGAUGCUACCUGGGGUCCAGGUCAAAGUAGAAGCAGAGGCUGAAUCAAGAUCUCCACCAGCUGCUGGGCUUGGAAGGGAAGGGAAAUUUAGUCAGGAUGGGGUGGAAGACGGGCUUAUACAGGGCCUCCUUAGUUCUAUAGAGCUGGAAGGGGCAGCACAACCAAAAACACUGGAAUCAUUAGGCCCACCCUCCAGCAAUGGCAGCCCUUCUUGCAAUGCUGAUCAUCCAAUGAGCCAGCUUAACUCCAGUUUUACCCCACCACCCUUACCCAGCACCACACGGACCCUUACCCAACCCCCGCCACAGCUUCAAACUAACCCUGCUGCCCCUUGUAAUGUCAUAGUCAAUGGUACUGGAUGGCAUUCGCUUCUUACUCCUGCCUUUGAGUCCUGCCCUGACCGAAGAGAAGACAGCUUUGCAGGGGACAGAGAGGCAGAGAAGCAGCCGGCCAACGGUGAGUUAGAACGUGAGGCACUGAAAGAGAACAAUUGCUUGGUUGGAGACUGGGAGCCUGGGAAGCGUGGCCCGGUGCAAGACGAGAUGGUGGAUACAGUGGAGGGUAAACCCGACUCUGACUCCAACUUGGAGGAGGGUGAGCACGCCUAUUCCCUGCCGCUGCUCUCUACUGGAGGCUGUGUGGUCAUACAGCCUGUGCCAAAGCCUGGCGCCGACAAGACAGCCAUCCUGUCCUGCUCCAUCAGUGCCCCUUUAUCAUCAGCCGGGAGCCCCGAGCUGGAGCCGCCGUUAAAAAGGAGGUGUCUGCGAAUCCGCAAUCAAAAUAAAUGAGAUGGACGCUCUGAGGACCACAGUGCCAUCAACAACACUCACUUGUCCACCCCACACCUCUCAAUCCCAGCCUCCAAAACUUCUUUACCAAGCAUGUGCACAUACACUCACACACACACACACACACACACACACACACACACACACACACACACACACACACACACACACACAAACCAACAUUUUUCUGGUUCUCACUCAUCGUCCAGUCUACCAGCACCACAAAUCGCCUUUGAUGACUGAUGAGAGUCCAGAAUAACGUGUUAUGUGUCAUCAUAGAGUGGACAGGACUCAUUUUGACACUCGGAUAGACUGAACUUCUACAGACUUGAUGUCAUGGCCAGCAGGAUCACAAAACUUCUGAAAUGUAUAUUCCUGCAACAGGAGGACUUUACCCCCACUGCUUCACUCCCCAUUUAGAGACCUUCAGCCCACAGUGGCUCCUAAACCUUAAACCGCACUCCCCUAUCAAAGCGAGAGUAUUGUCUUUUAUUAUGGAAUGCACUAUAGGGUCUGCUGGGACAGGAGCCCCAGAAAAAGAGAUUUCCAUCCCUUAAAUGCUCCCGGUUCUGUCCAACCUGAUGCCUCACCACAGGUUCAAAAUCUCUGCUCGAGUAAGUGUCGUUUUUUUUUUUUAACACAACUUGUCACAAAGGCAUAGAAGGGUGUCCCAACGCAUAGAUUUCAGAGCCAAUGAGAUGACAAAAAAAUAGCAGAAAGUCUUUUGACAGCUUGUCCACAAUCAGCAAAACAGUGUUCCUUCUAACCUAACACAAAGUGUUCUGGGUGAUUGUGAUGUGUGGAAGCUAAAAAAAAAGCACAAGUAUAAAAACCUAAAAUGCAAUGUGACGAUUUAAAGAGGUUAUUACAAUCACAGGAAGGGAAACAGUCCUUCUUUAAGAUGAGAAUUAAUCCAUCUGAUUCAACUAACUGGAGGAUAAAUUAUGAACCUUCACCAGCAAGAAAUGAUGUGUGGGUGGACUCUUGCAAUCUCUGCCAUUUUUCUGUGGCAUUGAUUUGUUUGCUCUUAAACUUUACUAAUUUGAAUAUAUAUUGUUACACAAGAAUAAGACAGAGUUUUCAUGAUAAUCAUUCCUACUAUAGACACUUUCAUACCCUUGUGAGCACCACCCGAUAGCUUAAAACAGUGGGACAUGCAGGUAACAGUUACAGGGCUCUUUGCUGUUUCAGAACAUUUCAUGGCAUGGCAGUGUAGACGCUCUGCCAACCUGCAGACGGUACUGGCUCCCGCAGGCUAGUUCUUAAUCUUUUCUAUUAUACAUUACGAGUGAUGUUCCUGUAAUGGGUUAGUUUUAGAGUCACUGCACUGAAUUUAGAGGGGCAGAGGGAAGCCAGCAGUUUCAUAAAUAAUUCUUCUGGGACCUGGAGGGAAACUGCUGAAGUAACACAGCAGAAAUAUUUCUUGAGUAAACACACCGACGACAAACUCAUUUUGAAAAUAAUUUGAGACAUAUUAAAAACAUUGCUUUAUUCUUGUCCACGACCUGCCAUGUUGCUUCUUUUUUUGCCAUUUUUAAUUUGAUUUAAGCCAAAUUUUAAGCAUUUGUUGUCCUUGAUUCAUGUCAUACUCUAUGUACAGACUCUUUGGGUUGCUGUCACCCAUACAAUUAGAUCUGAUCCAGUUACACAUCUCAAGCCAACUUCAGUCUAGUUUACUCUCCUAUAACGGAGGGGGAUUUGUGUACUAGUGAGAGACAAGGUAUUAUCAUAUGCCAAAGGCCUCUGGUGUGUUGAAACAAAACAUGUCACCUAGUUUUCAGGGGAAAUGGGAAUUAAAACUGGAGAUUUGAGCAGAUAAUUUAUAGUUGCCAAAAUAACUAGCACUUAUUUUUUUUUUAAAGGAAGGAAGAUGCGGGAGAAUACAAGUGGGUGUCAAAAGCAGUAUUACUGUAACUGUUGUCUCUUUUAAUGGUUUAUAAAGUCCAUACAGCCCUUUGAUGUGUCACCUUGCAGACAAACUGAAAAUACAACCUUGGAUUAAAUAGAUAACGUAGGACCAGAUGUGUACCAAUCCUACCUUUCUAUUUACCCUUCAGCUUUUGUUUCAUUUCAUUCUCUCAAGGUGAAAUAUUGUGUAAUUAUUCCUUCAUCAUUCUCUUUGUCCAAACAAGGCCCCAGCAUUUAUUCAUACCAAUAUCUGCAUGUCACAACCAUACUUAAGAGUACACUUUAACACACAACACACACUAAAUCUGUCUACCUGUGUUUGAAGCCGGGUCAAGCAGAGAGCCCAGUUGAAGUUACAGAGUGUUGACUCACAGUAAGCAGUGUGAAACUCUAUCUGUUGACUGUUAGUCAGGCAUUUAGGCUCAGCUUGCUGCUUGCCAAGGCCCAGCUUUGGUGUCAACUAAAGCAUUUCCUUGCCCUCCGUUUUAUUUCUCUCCAAGCAAAGGCAGUGAAAACGGUCUUUGUAAGGAUGCUUAUUUUGGUCUUGGUUGCCUUUCUUUCUGCCUCACAUAUGUACAUAAUUAGACAUAUUCCUUCCUGCAGUCUGAUUUACAGACUAUAACUGAAGAAAAGAAAUUAAGGAAUAAUAUUCCACCCUGAAGUGUCCCUCUUGAGCGUUUCAUUGCCUCAGCAAGAAUAUUGCUUUUGAAAGAACCGAAAGCCAUGUUGGUGUAUCAUGAAAACAUAGUAGCUUUGUAGUUUUACACUGGUAGUGUGUAGUGUAGGGCUUGUUCAAAACUCGGACCAGCAUCCAGCCAAGAGCAGGAUUUUAGAGGCCCCAUGCCCUCCAAAAAACACUCCCAAACAAGUUGACCAGAGACCCAUAAUAGUCUCUUCAAAUCGUAAAUUAUUACUUGAAUUUCUCACAUUUUAUUUAUUCAGGUAACUGUUCAGUAACACUUUCUAUAAAUUGCAUUUCUUAUUAAACUUUAAAAAAAGUCCCCACUGUGUGUAAGUUUCCAGGAUGUAAAGUCCCCCCAGAGUGCAAAAACAUACAGAGGACAUGACUUCUUCAAUGGUAGCUACAAACCUGUAAAAAUCCUGAGCCAAUGGUAUAACACGAUAUCAUUUCCUAUUUGUAAGUCCAGCACCAUGUAGUCAAAGAGUGGACGAAUUCUCAGCGAGAGGAAAAUAGUUUUCAGAAUGAAUUAUCACACAAUCUGGUUCAUUUGCUUUUGUUUUUCUCAAGCUACCACCUUAGCAUACACUGCACCAAGCUAACGAGGCAGCUAGCAUCUUCUUCUAAACUGGGAGACUGACCUUGUAAAGGAAAAGAAGGGUGUCAGUGCUGUUAUCAUAUGACAUGUAGACUGAUAAAUGUUUGUCCUGCUAGCAGCGGAGACGAGUGAUGGCAGUGUUGGCAGAUUGCCUUUGAAUGUACUGAAUACAUUCAUGUCAUCCAGAGGAUAAGCCCUUUUCUAAGUCGGCCUCUAUCAGGUUUCCUCUAGCACCAACCAUAGAACUAUAUGACCUUUGUACAAAAUAUAUUCAAAGCAGAAGCUGAGAAGAUUUAAGUUUAUGAAAUAGCGAGUAAAAUUAAAGACUUUUAAUCAGUGAAGCUGCAGCUAGCAGACGGUUAGCUUAUAGCCUAGCUUGAGACUGAAACUCUGAGGAAGCUACUCUGGUUCCAUCUAAAGGUUUAAACAAUUAUUAUUCUAUCAGUACCUAAGUAUAAAGCUCACUUAUAGCUCAUUUGGGCUAAGCUAAGCUAUGCUAACCAGCUGAUGGUUGUAGCUUUAAAAAGGAGUGAUGCUGUUACCUUAAAAUAAAAUACAUUUUUCCUUCAAUUUCUCACCCAAAAGAAUGCUAUUUAUUUGCCAACAUAUUUCUGACCUUUCUUUUGUAAGGCUAAAUUUACAAUUUUAUUCCCUAUUGCUGAUCUCCUCCCCAUCAUUUUACUAGCGCUCUGAUUCUGUGUUUAUGAGUUUAUGUUUGUUGAAGCACAAACCAAAAUCUUUGCUUUCUCUUUUGCUUGACACCCACAUUCAGACACACACACACACACACACACACACACACACACA